UGUCUGUUCGUCUCGUUGAAAACAAGACCAGCUAUUUUGGUCAAGUAGAAGUGGAAUACRACGGGACCUGGAUACCAGUCUGUGAUGAUACCUGGGAUAUAUUGGACGCUCACGUGGUCUGUAGAAUGCUAGGUUACAAAGGAGCAAUUUUGGGGCAGAAGCGAUUUAGUGUCUUGAAUAGUAGCUUAUGGAUGAGUAAUGUUGAAUGCACUGGGGAAGAACAAUGGAUCAGUGAAUGUUACCAUCGUGGAUGGACCAACACGUUUUGCCCUGAAUCACUCACGGCUGCUGCUUAUUGCAAAGUUAGUGAAGAUCAGCUUCCUAACGUAGCUGUUCGUCUGGUAAAUGGAAGCACUCCAAAUAAAGGUCGGGUAGAGGUUCGAUAUUAUGGAGUAUGGGGCACUGUAUGUGAUGACCGUUGGAGCCUAGCAGAUGCUCACGUGGUUUGUCGUAUGUUAAACUACAGCAAAGCAUCUUGGGCAGGAACUGCUAAAGUCCAGGGAAAAGGAUUCGUACUACUAGACGAAGUAAAGUGUCGUGGAGAAGAGAAGUCAUUGGAACAGUGCAGACACCAAGGAUGGGGUCAACAUAACUGCGAACACAUGGAAGAUGCCUCUGUUACUUGUGCGAUGCUAACACAAGAAGAAUCGUAUGUUGCUGUUCGUAUUGUUGGAGUUGAAUACAAUCAUUUCGGUUCCGUAGAAGUGAGCUACAACGGGACCUGGAGACCAGUCUGUGAUGAUACUUGGGAUAUAUCAGACGCCCACGUGGUCUGUAGAAUGCUUGGUUACAAAGCAGCACUAGCGGCGAUCAAGAGGUUCAACGCAGGGAAGGUUGGACUGUGGAUUGGUGGAGUGGAAUGCAGUGGCGAUGAGUUAUCGAUUAGUGAAUGCUAUCAUCGUGGAUGGACGAACACUGCUUGCCAUGACAACCGUUUGGCUGGUGUCUUAUGUCAACCAGCAAAUAAUGCAGUGCAAAUUCGUUUAGAAGACGGAAGUUUACCCAACUCUGGUCGUGUUGGUGUUCGCUAUGGUAACGUAUGGGGCACAAUAUGUAACAAGGGACUAGACAUCAACGAUGCUAAGGUGAUUUGUCGUAUGCUCGGAUAUACCGGGGCAAGUAAGGUGUACCCAAAGUCCACCUUCAUACCGGGAAAUGGUACUAUCUGGUUAAGUAGUCUGGAUUGUAAUGGAACAGAGAACUCGAUAGUUGAAUGUCGUCAUCCAGGAUUGGCGAAUACAACGGCAUGUAGUCAUAGCAACGAUGGUGCAAUCAUGUGCAAGAUUACUGAUGCUCCUCGAUUCCAAGUCAAUGAAGCCAACGCCAUUACAGAAACAACGGUGGUGAUCUUGUUCAAUGAUUCGAAGGCAACUGAAGGACAAUUAAAAAGUGUGUAUCAAGUGGCAGUGGAAAACAAAAAUAAUGAACAACGCUUGAAAUCCUAUGAACGACAACCACCCUUUGUCUACAAUGAAGUCAACGUUACUAUGGCAACACAGAUGGGUAAUGAUAGUUACAUCACGGCAGAGAUCCUGGGUACUGUCUUGAAUCUAACCAUUGGUGACGGUCAGUAUUACCAUGGUUACUAUAACGCACCGUUAGAACCCGGAUCUAUGUAUAGAGUACACGUGAGGAUCGUUACCAUGGCAGUUGAUGGGUCUAGAGUAUAUGGCGAAUCAMGUUUUGUGGAUUUCAAGACAAAACUUAGCAAAUCUCAAACCACUGAAGCAAAAGAAGCUAAAAGUGAAAGCAGCGCUAAGCUUGAAGGCGUGGUCAUUGUGUUGUCAGUCAUCAUAGCGGUUCUUAUUAUUCUCAUUAUUGGAUUCUUUGUGUGGAGCACCUUAAAAAGGAAGAAAAAGGAUCAGAAAGAUUCCAGCACUCAGAUGUCAGAUAUCCUGACCAUAACCAGUCUAGCAUCUGAAUCCCACCAGUCAUUACAACAAACAUCAGAGGAACAAAUAUCAAAUAACACAGAUACCAUGGCAAGCGCAGAUAAGCCGGGAAACGAAACUUCAGGAAAUACGUCUACAGAAGAGGAUACUACCAAGUCGUUUGAUUAUCAGAAAGUAGAUGAUUUACCUGGAGCAAAAGUAAAUGACGGCUGCGAUGACAUAGUAAUUGUAUGUAAGGCUGAGGGCAAGAGGCCAGUUACAAAAGCGUCUGGUUGUAAAAUUAAAGAUUAUAUUACAACAACAGGYACGAAAUAUUUGCCAAAUGUGUUCAUAGUAUCACUACUGCAGCUGACCGCCAUGGGAAGAAAGGCACUUUGUUUGCAGUUUCUUUUGUUUUGGAUAACCUUGCACACUGGUACUGCGUCCGUUACAGUACGUCUUAAUGGUACCAACUCCUCAUCUGAGGGGCGGGUGGAGGUGCAGUACCUUGGCGUAUGGGGUACUAUCUGUGAUGACAACUGGUCUAUAGACAACGCUCAUGUAGUAUGUAGGAUGCUUGGUUUUGCAAGAGCAUUUAUAACCAAGAGAUUUGGACCAGGAACCGGGCAGAUUUGGCUGGAUGACGUAUCGUGUAAAGGAACAGAGACGUCUAUUGACAAAUGCCGUCAUAGUGGAUGGGGAAACCAUGACUGCCAUCACACAGAAGACGUUGGUGUUGUGUGCACUAACGGCACCCCUAACAUCACUGUUCGAAUGGCUAAUAGCAGUCUUCCACAUGCUGCUCAAAUAGAAAUACGUUAUCAUGGAGUAUGGAAACCGUUAUGUGAUGAUUAUUGGUCUUUACAAGAUGCUCAUGUCGUGUGUAGAAUGUUCAAUUACACCGAUGGUGCUGCUUUUGCUGUUCGAGGAUACCAGGGUACAACUGGUGAUGCAUGGGAUACACAGAUCAGCUGCAGUGGAACCGAAACGUCUAUUGACAAGUGUAAAAUUCAACAUUGGGGUGAGAGUGGUUGUUCAAGUGAUCACAGAGCUGGUGUUGUCUGCCUUAGUAAAGGUAUAGCUUUCAAGCGUGCUAUGAAAAAUUAUGGAAGCACCCCAAACCAAGGCCGAGUAGAGGUUCGAUAUUACGGAGUCUGGGGCACAGUAUGCGAUGAUUACUGGGGAAUAAGUAAUGCUCACGUGAUCUGUCACAUGCUGAAUUACAGCAAAGCUUUGACAACAGGCACAGCAAGUAAACCAUGGAGUGGUCCUAUAUUACUGGAUAAUGUCUUAUGUAGUGGGUUUGAAGAUUCAAUUGAGAACUGCUGGAAACGAAGUGUAGGUCAACAUGACUGUUACCAUGGUGAAGAUGUUGUAGUGGCAUGUGAAUACGGACCAAGAGCUUAUCCAGAUAUCAAUGUUCGAUUGGUUAACGACAGCAGUUUUGCCCACGCUGGUCAGAUACAAAUGCGGUAUUAUGGCGUAUGGAAGCCUGUUUGUGAUGGGUAUUGGACUAAAAGAGAAGCUAAUGUUGCAUGUAGAAUGCUGGGAUACAGUCAAGGUACUGCGCUUCCUGUUCGAGGAUACCAAAAUACAACUGGCGAUGCAUGGGGUACAUUUAUGAUUUGCAAUGGCACCGAGAUGUCUAUUGAUAAAUCCCAAGGUCCAAACAUUGCUGUUCGCCUGGUUAAUGGAAGCAGCACACACGAAGGSCGAGUAGAAAUUCGAUAUUAUGGAAUUUGGGGUACAGUCUGUGAUGAUCGUUGGGGAAGAGCAGAUGCUCACGUGGUCUGUCGUAUGCUGAACUACAGCAAAGCAUUAUUGGCAGGAACAGCUAAGAUCAGGGGGAGUGGUCCUAUUGCACUAGACGAAGUACAGUGUCGAGGAAGUGAGAAGUCAAUAGAACAUUGCCCCAAAGAUAAAUGGGGAUGGCACAAUUGCCUUCAUUCUGAAGAUGCAGGAGUCAAGUGUGGAAGGUUAUCGAAAGAGGAAAAAGAAGUUACUGCUCGUCUUAUUGGAACCGACUAUAWGCACAUGGGAAUCGUAGAAGUAAACUACAACGGGACCUGGAGACCAGUMUGUGAUGAUACCUGGGAUAUAUYAGMCGCUCACGUGGUCUGUAGAAUGCUUGGUUACAAAGCUGCGCUUUUGGGAAUUAAAGGAUAUCGUGUACGGAAGGAAACUGGACUAUGKAUGGGAAAUGUGGAAUGUAGUGGCGACGAAAAACUGRUCAGYGAAUGUUAUCAUCGCRGAUGGAACAACACCUGGUGCCCAGGGGAACACUAUGCUGGUGUGAUGUGUAAUGUUACAAAUAAGUUCUCUCCAGUACAAGUUCAUUUGGAAGAAGGAAGCUCGCCCAACUCUGGUCGUGUUGCUGUUCGUUACGGCAACGUAUGGGGUACCAUGUGUAUAGACGAAAUAGAUAUCAACGCUGCUAGAGUUUUGUGCCGUAUGCUCGGUUACCCCGGAUCACAUUAUACAUAUAACUUUAAACCUGGUAGUGGUGCUAUUUGGCUGAUGAACCUGGAGUGUGAUGGAACAGAAAAGUCUAUUGCUGACUGUCGUCAUGGUUGGGGGAAUGCAACCACAUGCAGUCAUGACCGUGAUGUAGCCAUCAUGUGUAAAAAAGCUGACACUCCUAGAUUCCAGAUCAAUGGWACCAACGCCAUCUCAGAAUCAACGGUGGUGAUCUUGUUUAAAGAAAACCCGCCAUUGAUUGGAACACAACUGAAAAGUGUUUAUCAAGUUGCUGUUGAAAAAAGAAACGUGGAGAUGAACUUCCAAUCCGAUGGUCAGACAGAACCGUCUGCCUUUAUUGAUGACGUAAACGUAACCAUGGAGACUAGUAAAUUGAAUAAUAGUUACAUCGCAGCGGAAAUACUUGGUAAUAGMUCAAGCUUAACGAUUGGUGACUGUCAGUAUUACCAUGGUUACUACAACGCACCGUUAGAACCCGGAUGUCAGUAUAGAGUCUACGUAAGAGCUGUGACCAAGRCGAUSGAAAGGAAACCGAUUUAUAGCGGCACAGCUUUCGUGGCUUUUACGACCAAGCGGAAAGCUAUCCCUAGCAAAGGCACGUCUGGCAGUACCAGCCUUGAAGCUGUUGUGAUUGUUUUAUCAGUCAUCGUAUGCAUUCUUAUUSUUAUCGKUAUUGGGCAUUAUGGUUGGUGUUACCUGAGGAAGAAGAAAGCUUCUCAGAAAAAUAGCAGAACAGCACUGUCAGGUGCAUCAGUGAAGACAUACAUGGGAGAACUUGGUAGUGGACCUCCAACCGUGAUAGCAUCAAUAAUUCCAUUGAAUGUCAGCUCCUUGCAGUCACCUCCCCCAUAAGCUCGAAGGUCAUCGAUAGCGGYCUCAAAGUGUGAACGACUUUCAUAUGUAUAUUUCGUGACAGGUCCAGAAUCUAUAAUCAAAUAAGGGCUUUAUGUUCAAGAUAUUAUAUAUCARUUUAUAGAAUGACUGUUAUAAAUGUCGCGUUCUGAUUGGUUUGGAGCGCGUGCUUUAUUAGAGGACAUAGC